AUGAUCGAUAAUCUUAAAUCAACGACGGCUUUUCAACAAGGUCAACAAAGGACCAAACCAUUUCGUCGUUUUUUACGUAAAUUCCUCAAUGACUGGUCGUUAAACUUUGCUGCCAUGCUCGCUUAUAAUCUCUUAAUUGCACUUCUUCCGAUUGCCGUCGCGUUAUUCGGAAUCUUAGGUCUCGUUUUGAAAAACAAUGAUGAAGCUCGAGAAAACAUCAAGAACAAAAUUAUUCAUUCGUUUCCUUCGGAUAAUACAACACAAUCCGGCAUCAGACAAGUUGUUGAUUUAGCAUUUGGACAAUUAUCGAAAGAUGCAGGAGGUCUAUUAGCCAUCGGUAUUAUCUUUGCAUUAUUUGGUUCAUCUCGGUUAUUCAUCGCCAUUGAUAAAUGUAUGAAUAUUAUUUAUCGCGUCCCGGAACGACCGUUCCUUAAGGAGAAUUUAUUAGCCUUUGGAAUGUUAUUUAUUUUUAUUAUCGUUAUUCCUGUGAUGUUGGCAGCAAGUUCAGCACCAGCACUUUUGCUCAGUAUUAUUCCAGGUGGUGGCGGUCGAUUUGGAGCCUUUCUGGGUGGAUUUCUAUUUUCAUUGUUGGUCGCGUUUGCUCUUUUCGAGUUAAUCUAUUGGUUUAUUCCAAAUAAGAAAAUGAAUUUCAAAGUGACGUGGUGUGGUGCGUUAGUUGCAGCUUUUACUUUGGAAAUAUUUAUUAUUUUGUUUCCAUUAUAUGUACGAAAAUUUAUGAACAAUUAUGCAGGACAAAUUGGUUUCGCAGUUAUUCUUCUUUUGUUCUUCUAUUAUUUUGCAACAAUUCUCAUUUUGGGCGCUCAGAUUAAUGCAUUCUUCUUUGAAGAUUAUAAACCAUUUACUGAUGGAUUAGGCUCGUAUGUCAGUCAAAUGCAUGAUGAACAUGGUGUUGCUGAUCAAAAAAUACCAUUAAAUCAACAGAAUCUUUAA